AACAAUCAAUGCAUAGUGAUAAAUAUGCUCUAAUUUUUUCAGCUAACUCUAAAGAAAACGUUACUAUAAAGCUCCCAAAGGGGCUUGCUGUUUUCAUUGUAGUAAGAAAAAAACGUGAUAGAGAAGCUAUGAAUUCAGAGGCAGAGGCGGCAGAGAAGCAGGCUCAUGUAGUUUGCAUACCUUACCCUGCUCAAAGCCACAUGAAGGGAAUGCUGAAAAUGGCGAAGCUCCUUCAUAGCAAAGGUGCUCUCAUUACAUUUGUGAAUACGGAGUUCAAUCAGAGACGCUUCCUUAAGUCAGGAGCUCUUGAGUCUGUCGAAAGCCUGCCUGGUUUCAGUUUCCAAACCAUCCCUGACGGCCUCCCUCCAUCUGAUGCUGAUGCCACUCAAGAUAUACCUCAACUUUGCCAUUCUAUCAUACAGAACAACUUGUUACCUGCAUUUGAGGACCUCCUCGCAAAGCUCAAUGCUGGAAUUCAUCCAGUCACUUCAAUCCUCUCUGACGGAUUCAUGCCAUUCACAGCGGAUGCUGCACAUUCUCUUGGAAUUCCUGUCGUUUUGCUUUGGACAAUUGCUGCUUGUGGAUUUAUGGGAUUUUAUCAAUUCAAAAAUGCCCGCGAUAGAGGUCUUGUACCAUUAAAAGAUGAGAGUUACCUAAGCAAUGGGUAUCUGGACACCAUUAUAGACUGGAUUCCAGGAAUACGAGACAUUCGUUUGAGGGAUCUUCCAAGUCACAUUAGAAUCAUAGAUCCAAAUGAUAUUAUGUUCAACUUCUUUCUGGAAUCUACUCAGAGAGCAAAGAAUGGGACAGCACAAGUACUUCAUACCUUCGAUGACUUGGAACAAGAACUUGUGGACGUCAUCUCAUCUAUGUACACCACCAGUGUAUACACAAUAGGCCCUUAUCAGUUGCUCGUCAACCAAAUCCCCUUAGACGAGAAAGAGGGUCUGAAGAGCAUCGGAUAUAGUCUUUGGGAAGAGGAAAAAACAUGUCUUCAGUGGCUGGAUUCCAAAGAAGCUGAUUCUGUUGUUUAUGUGAACUUUGGAAGCAUAACUGUCAUGUCUGCAGAACAGCUGGUGGAGUUUGGUUGGGGGCUUGCUAAUUCCAACUUCUGCUUCUUAUGGAUAAUCAGGCCCGACUUGAUCGUAGGGGAUUCCUCAAAUACUCUUGGAGUUGAAUUUAUGGAUGCCAUCAAGAACAGAGGCUUCAUUUCAAGUUGGUGUCCACAGGAAGAUGUCCUCAACCAUGUUUCAGUUGGAGGGUUCUUGACACAUGGAGGGUGGAACUCAACCAUAGAGAGCAUCUCUGCUGGAGUGCCAAUGCUCUGUUGGCCUUUCUUUGCAGAUCAACAAAUAAACUGCAAGUUCAUGUGUGACAAAUGGGAGUGCGGACUGGAGAUUCCUAAUAACGGGAAGAGAGACGAUGUGGAGAAGCUUGUUAGACUACUUAUGGAAGGAGUUGAGGGUAAGAAAAUGAGAAGAAAAGCUAUCGAGUGGAAAAAACUGGCAGAGAAGGCCUGUGGUCCUAAUGGUUCAUCGUCUCUUAAUUUGGAUAAACUGGUUCUUCUUCUGAAAAACUAGAAUAUCGCAAAUUCAUCUAUGCAUAACGAGGCUAUGGAAUGCAAAAAAAUGGCAGAAAAAUCCUGUGUUCCUGAAGGCUCAUUUUCCCUUAAUUUCAACAAACUGGUUCUUCUUUUUAUAAGAAGAAUAUUAAAAUUUUGUUUUCACAUUGUCAGUCUGCAUCAUCCUUAAGCUUGCCCCUAGUUUGAAUAGAAGUCUCCCCUUAUUUC